AUGGAUAGGUAUGCCAGAGAAGCCAAGCAACCCCCUCUCUCCAAUGUCUUCCGCCUUUCGGAGAGGCCACCUAAGCUGUUCAAGGGAGAAGAUACUCAGAUCAUAUUUUUAGAAGAGGAUGCCCGAUGGGUCCAUCACCCCCACUCUGAUGCUCUAGUUGUGAACGUGAGGAUCGGUGCCAGGAACAUACAUAGAGUGUUCGUGGACAAUGGCAGCUCAGUAAACUUGUUGUAUUACUCUACCUUCCAGAAGAUGGGUCUGCUAGAUAAAGACAUGACCCAUAAGACAACCUACCUUUACGGUUUCACCGGCGACACCGUGAAGUUCCCGGACGAAGGAAACCCUCAGCUAGUUGGAUGGGAGGAAGAAGCACAGAAGAGGUUAGGAUGGAAGGAACCGGAACCCUCCCUCCCUAAACAAACCAUACUACAAAUCGAAGGAGUUCCUCCUGUGCCAGCUGGCACACUAGUCGAAGGAAUAGUCGAGGAUGCUAGCGAAGAUGAGUCCGAAGAGCGGAAACUGAUGCGUGCAAGAAAGGGAAAGAUGGUCAUGGAUGACCCAGCACUACACCCAUCAGACUACCCAAGACUUCCCCCAACAGAAGGCGAGAGUUCGAAGUCCGCUGACACAACUGAUGAAUUGGAAGAUGAUGUGAGGGACGUUGAUCUAGACCCCAGACUACCGGAAACAUUACAGAAAGUAGGACCGGUCGAGGACACAGUUGGAAUCCUGGUAGAUGAGAACGAUGCUUCCAAGGUCCUAUUCAUUGGUGUUCGUCUCGAUAAUCUGAUGAGGAAGAAGAUGGUAGAAUUUUUGAGAAGCAAUAUUGACGUGUUCGCCUGGAGCCACGCCGAUAUGACAGGAAUUGAUCCGAAUGUUAUGUGUCAUCGAUUGAACAUUGACCCAAAGAAGAAGGGUAUUAGCCAGAAGCGCAGACCCAUCAGUGGUGAACGUGCCGAGGCACUUAAGGCAGAAGUCGAUAGGCUUCAGAAGGUUGGUCUGGUUAAAGAGGCUUACUACCCGGAUUGGCUGGCAAACCCGGUGCUAGUGACGAAGGCCAACGGAAAAUGGAGAGUAUGCAUCGAUUUCACGGACCUGAACAAGGCGUGCCCGAAAGAUAGCUUCCCUCUACCUAGGAUCGAUCAAUUGGUUGAUGCUACUGUCGGCCACGCUCUAUUGAGCUUCAUGGACGCCUACUCCGGCUACAAUCAGAUUCCAAUGUACGAACCAGACCAGGAGCGCACCUCUUUCAUAACAGACCGCAGUCUCUAUUGCUAUGUUGGAAUGCCUUUUGGACUUCUGAACACCGGUGCUACUUAUCAAAGACUGGUGAACAUGAUGUUUAAAGAUUUGAUAGGAAAGACAAUGGAGGUUUAUGUUGAUGAUAUGCUUGUGAAGUCUAAGAAAGCACAGGACCACAUCAAACACCUUUCCGAGAUGUUCUCAAUACUCAGGAAGUUUAACAUGAAGCUCAACCCGCAGAAGUGCGUCUUUGGCGUGGAGUCAGGAAAAUUUUUGGGCUUCAUGGUAAAUCACAGAGGUAUAGAGGCUAACCCAGCAAAGAUACAAGCCUUACUUGACAUGAGGUCGCCCAGCACCGUGAAGGAAGUCCAAAGUCUCACAGGAAGGGUAGCCGCGCUCAACAGAUUUGUCUCCAAGUCAACGGAUAGAUGUCAAGAGUUCUUCAAAGUUAUCAAGGGAGUUGGAAAGGAUUUCAGAGAAGAAGGAAACUUGCAACUACAUGUGUACUAUGUGAGCAAAAGGUUGCUCGAUGCUGAGACUAGAUACACGAAUAUGGAAAGACUGGUAUUCGCCCUACUUCUGGCAGCAAGGAAGCUUAGGCCAUAUUUUCAAGCUCAUACAAUCGAGAUGCGAACCUCCUACCCUUUACGUCAAGUCCUCUACCGUCCAGAAGCCUCGGGAAGAAUGCUGAAGUGGGCUGUUGAGUUGGGGCAGUUCGAUAUCGAAUAUAAGCCUAGGAACGCUAUCAAAGGACAAGCGUUGGCAGACUUCAUACUAGAAUUCCCAAAUGAUCCCGUAUUAGUGGACGAGAUACCGACUGGCAAGGUGAAAGAUAAGACCGAAGAAGAAGAGGAGGCUUCCUACCCGUGGUGGGUAAUGAAUGUUGAUGGGGCGGUUAAUCAGGAUGGGGCCGGUGCAGGCAUCGUACUUACCAUCCCAGAAGGAAGGAAAUUAAGAAAUGCCAUACAUAUUACUUUCCCUGCGACUAACAACGAUGCUGAAUAUGAGGCCCUGAUCGCUGGAUUGAGGUUGGCAAAAGAGCUCGGCGUGCAAAGAAUGACAGUCCACAGCGACUCAAUGUUAGUAGUCUACCAGGUCAAUGGAGGGUACCAGGUAAAGGCGUAUCGCACGGAACCUUACAUGAACUUAGUUCGAAGGCUGAUUGAAGAGUUCAAAAUAAUUAGACUCGAGCGAAUCCCAAGGGAAAGCAAUGCCGAAGCCGACUCCCUGGCCAAAGCCGCAUCCCAGAAGGACCUAGGAGUCUUAGGAAUGAUUCCGCUCGAACUACUUGAAUGCCCAAGCGUGCCUGAAGCAGAGGUACAUCAGAUCGAAACCGAAGAGGCUGUUGAAACAUGGAUGACCCCGAUCUGGUCUUACAUCAAGGAUAGAAUCCUCCCGGAAGACAAAACGGAAGCCAGAAAGCUACGCUAUAAGGCAGCCAGAUAUGUAGAUUAUAAGGGCUCGCUUUACAAGCGAGGAUUCAACCAGCCUCUACUGAAGUGCAUAGGAGGUGAGGAAUGCAACUACAUCCUGAGAGAAAUGCAUGAGGGAAUAUGCGGUAACCACUCAGGAGUGGCAGUUGAUUAUUUCACAAAGUGGACGGAAGCGGAGCCACUAGCUACCAUCACAGCAAAGAAAUUGGUUGAGUUUGUGUACAGAGCUAUUGUUUGCCGAUUUGGCAUUCCAUAUAAGUUGAUCUCCGACAACGGAAAACAGUUCGAUUGCAAAGAGAUGAGAGAGUUAUGUGAUAACCUCGGAAUCAAGAAAGGCUUCUCAGCUGUCACCCACCCACAGUCGAAUGGCCAGACGGAAGCGGUUAACAAGAUCAUAAAACACACCCUGAAGGCGAAGCUCGAAGACAGGAAGGAAAAUUGGCCUGAAGAAUUGCCUAAUGUGAUGUGGUCUUAUAACACGACUCCUAGGACGACCACUGAGGAGUCACCCUUCAACCUUACAUACGGAUGCGAAGCCAUGAUUCUCGUGGAGCUUGGAGCUGGGUCAUUUAGGAGAGACAAUUUCAACCCGGAAGUAAACGAGGUCAACCACCGCCUCCACUUAGAUAUGCUCGAAGAGACCAGAUCAGGAGCUCAGUUGAGGAUUGCAUCGUACCAGCAAAGAGUGGAAAGGCACUACAACACAAAAGUCAAGGCUAGGCCAUUCCAGGUAGGCGAUCUAGUCCUACGAAGAGUCAUGCCUAACACAAAGGUGGCGAGCCAUGGAGUCUUUGGAGCUAAUUGGGAAGGACCAUACAAGGUGAGAGUGGUGCUGUUUUCUGGAACAUAUUACUUGGCAGACAUAGAAGGGAGAGACAUCCCCCGAGCAUGGAAUGCCGAGCACCUCAAGAAAUAUUACCAGUAG